UCUCAGCUUUCACUCCUCUUUUUUCUUCUUGUGCCAACAAGUCUAUUUCAGGUCUGGAGAAUCGUACAUGGAGAUGGCAGCAGCCUCGACAGAUGCAGAGCAGGGGUCCACAAAGAUCACCCCUGAAGCGCUUCAGGAGAUGCUCCAGUACUACAACCUGAGCCGCCAGGAGUUCAUCAACACAUACAACAUCAAGCCGCUCGUCUACAUCCCCGAGUUACCGUACAGCGCCAAGGCCACCUUUGUGAUCAUGUACAUGCUGAUCUUCGUCCUGGCUCUGGCUGGGAAUAGUUUCGUCAUCUACAUAGUUCUGAAGAAGCGCGCCACACAGACUGCGACUGAUAUUUUCAUCUGCUCUCUGGCUGUCAGUGACCUGCUCAUCACCUUCUUCUGCAUCCCCUUCACUCUGCUGCAGAACAUCUCGUCGGAAUGGUUUGGGGGAGUUCUAGUUUGCAAGACAGUUCCCUUUGUUCAGACCACAGCCAUAGUGACGGGCAUCCUCACCAUGACAUGCAUCGCCAUUGAGAGAUACCAGGGCAUUGUGUUCCCGCUGAAAAUGAGGAGGCAGUACUCGUCCAAAAGAGCGUACAAGAUAUUAGGGCUGGUGUGGAUCGCCUCAGUGGUGGUGGGCUCACCCAUGCUAUUUGUACAACAGCUCCAGGUGAAGUACGACUUCCUGUACGAUCACUACCACGUUUGCUGCCAGGAGAGUUGGAGUUCUGUUACUCACAGGCAGGUGUACACGACCUUCAUCAUGGUGGCUCUGUUCCUGUUGCCUUUGGCCGCCAUGCUGUUCCUCUACACACGCAUCGGGAUUGAGUUGUGGAUCCGCAAGAGGGUGGGCGACUCAUCAGUCCUGGACACAAUGAACCACAGGGAGAUCAAUAAGAUCUCAAGGAAAAAGAAAAGAGCUGUGAAAAUGAUGGUCACAAUCGUUCUGCUGUUCACCAUUUGCUGGGCACCUUUCCACACAGUCCACAUGCUGUUUGAGUACUACGACCUGGAGAAGAAAUACGACGGGGUGACACUCAACAUGAUCGUCGCCAUCUUUCAGGCCAUCGGCUUCUCCAACAGCUUCAACAACCCGAUCGUGUACGCCUUCAUGAACGAGAACUUCAAGAAGAGCUGCGUCUCCACUCUCUCUCACUGGAUCAGAAAACCCAACCAUCCAGGCGGCCCGGCAGUUGGGCCCAAACUAAGCGUGCAGUUCAUUAAACCACAAGGCAGAGAAGCCUUCCUUGAAUCAGACGAAGGCAACAGCUCGAACCAGAACUCUGCAGAUAAAGGCCAUUCGAAUUCAAUGCCAAGAGAGAGCACUCUGGAAAUAAUAGGAGAGAAAAUCUCUACCAUCCAAACUGAGCUGCAUGCAAACAGCUCCUCUCAAGUGAAAUGAGAAAACACAGACCAUCAGUUCCAGUGUUGAAUGUAAUCCACCACCUGCACAAGUAUCAGAUGCAAAUUCAAAACCAGCAGAUGUGUUUUAAGACUGAAAAAUACAGAUUAUUGCAUCUCUGCAGUGCCAGAAGUUAAUGUUUUCUCCCAUUCUGGUCAGAGAAGCAGCAGAGAGGAAAUUGAGGAAUUUUGAAGAGAGGGAGUUUGACUCUGCUGUCAUACAGUAGCAGACCAAUUUAUCAGAAUGGUGGGAUAAUUGCUACCGGGAUGUCUAGGAAAACUACAUUUAGUAAUGCAUCAAAGAAAGUGUGAUUAACGUCUAAGCGAGAACUUAGUACGGUUUCAUAACUGAACCAUUUUGAAAAGAGCACAUGGACAAGUCUUCGUUUAACAGUAAAGGAUGACAUAUGUGCUUUUACUGCACUGCUUAAUAUGGAUUACUGAAGUAAGCUAUUCACCAUGAACCUCAGUACAAUUCAGGUUACUUCAGUUUUUAAACGGGUUGCAUCAUGUCAUACAGUUUAGACUUUUUUACUGCUUAAUUGGAAAUUGCAUCCCUGCAAACUUUACCCUUGCACAUGUUUUGAUAUGUAAAGGGCGACAGAGACGACCGCAUGCCUUAACGUUUAAAAACAGGGUUAAAUAUACAUGGAAAUCACGUGAACCGAAAUGGAUUGUUUCAAAGAAUGUCGUCCACUAUUUCAGCUGUGAAGUGAAAAAGUUCAAAUAUAUAUGUAUGUCUGCAUUUGUGCCAAACUAGUAAUAUUUAAAGGCUAUUUGAUACAGUUCAAGUCACUCAUUCAUGAAAAGCGACUGUUUGAUAUGAUAUCAGGAAAAAAAAUCAUGGCCGAAACAGAAGACACAAGAACGGGAAACUUUCGACCACUGAAUGGACACAUACGAGGAAAAAUGGGCCCAUAUUGUAUUUGUUUGAUGGUGCCGUCUCGUGUCAUUUUCUUGUACAUUUUGUUACAGUGUAUGGUCUGUAAUGAUGUUGGGCAGUGACAGCUUAGCUUUUAUCCACAGUUCUUUGCAUUUUGGUUAGAAAUUAUUCCUAAAAUCACAUUGACAAGAAUUUCCCUUUUUUUGGGCUCAUUUCCCUUUUUGAAAAAAGGUAACUCAUUGGAUGUGAAGUCACCUCUUAUAUAAUUGGCCAUUUCUUGGAGAUUAAAGAUAUAUAUUUCCUAAUAUUCAAUACGGAUGAAGUAUAAUGUUUUUUUUUUUUUCUGGGCACAAUGGGUUAAACUCGAGGGUUUUUUUUAAUAAAGGGGGCUGUAUUAAAAAUGAUUGGAAUGGAGAGAGGGACUUAAUAAAAUGGAAUCUCUGGAUGUAUAUAGCCAUGUAAGGCUUUUGUAUAAUUAUCCUUUAAAAAUAUAUAAUAUAUAUCUAAAUGAAAU